AUAAUGCUGAAUCUUUUGAUAGCUAUGUACAGUAACAUUUUUGAGGACGUCCAUACAAAAUCGAUGAUUUAUUGGUCUGAGCUACAGACAUCUUUUCUUGAGGAAUAUAGUAUUCAAACAAUAUUUCCAAUACACCUCGAGUUACUUACCUUACCGGGAACAGUAGUUGCAAUUGUGUGGCUUUUCUGCGCAAAUCUACGACAGAAGAAUUCUGACGAAAAUUAUCGUACUAAAGAGCUUAAUCAUCACCCACAAUUUGUCAGAGUUUUUCUCUUUGAUUCUAAUUAUGAUUUGCAACUUAAAUCGCCAGAAGCAGAGGAGACAAAGACUCAAAAAGACCAAGGGAAAAUAGAUGUUAACACAGUUACGAGAGAACCUGACUCUAAUAGCACAAAGCAAGAAAUACAAAACGAGAGUAAUAACAGGAUAACUCAAGAGAUAAUCAACAGACUUAAAAAUCUGGAAGGUAGCUUAACAGAAUUAAAGGAUACAAAGAAAAUGAUGAUGGACAAAUUGCAAAGUAUGGAAGAAAGUUUAAAACACGGUUCUAGAAAUGAUAUGAAUGGAUCUUAGUCUAAUGUCUUCUGUAGACGAUCUGAAUGAUAUAAUCGUAGUAACAAUACAUCCUGAGUACAAUAUAGGGAUUUGUAAUGAGAGAGAACUGUGCUAUUUUUCUAAAUUUUAGAUAGACCAAUUUGAAAUAUAAAUAUGUUGAUAGAGAAUUGUUUUUCAUUUAAUCAAAAUAUCAUGUUAAGUAAAUGAUUUUAACGUUCAGAAA